GCAAUUAUUGGAUUGAUCCACCAAAUUAUUUUGACAGUAUCGUUUGGCCGGAAUAUGUUAAAUACUAUAAUCACCUAUUAUCGAGAAACAAGGAAAUUGAAUCUACAAUCAACGAUUUAAUCGUGUUAGAAUCCGUUAAUAAACAACAGAUCAAAGAAAAUAUUGAAAAAGUCGUUAUGAUGACUAUUAAAGUUAUUGAGAAGAGCAACUUCUAUAAUAAUAUCAAAAGCAGCAAUGAAGAAG